AUGAAGUUUGCACGAUACCUUAAUGAUACACAAACUCCCGAGUGGAAAAAGGCAUACAUUGAUUAUCGUUGCCUAAAGAAGUGCAUUGGUGCAAUUCGUGCAGAACAUAUUGCCAGGCAGAGCUCCACUGGAACCACCGACGUUGAUCAAGUUCAUAAGCAAGCCAAAGAAUAUGAAGAGUACAACGAGCUGUCAGUCGUCCUACGACAAGAUGCUCCAAUUGAAGGGACUUCAGCUCUUUCCCCAACUCGAACACAGCGAAGGGAUAGCCAGAUACGUUCGUCAUCACAAGCGACUCCCUUACCUCCGAAGUCUGCGCACUCGCCACCCGUAUUCCCCUUUUUCCGUGAUGCAGGCUCUCCAGCUCCUCCCUUACACACGCUUCUCCCUCUACUACCACCACUUCAUGCAACUUUUUUCGAGCUGUUAGAUUCCGAAUUAGAGAAAGUCGACUCUUUUUAUUCUGAACGAGAGAAGGAAAUGCGAGACCGCGGCAAGCUGCUUAAAGAGCAGCUUAAUGAACUUGGGCUCCAUCGCAAGAAGUACUAUGAAUGUAAUGCAAAUGCCACAGCGCCGAGCUGGGCUUCACGACUUCGCCUACGCCUGACAGCGGCUUUGAAAAACCAACGUCACACAGACAAGUGUAAUAAUCAACCAGGACUAGUAGCUUCUGAGUCGGGUCGGGGAGGUGCGCGUUUAUCUGAAAGGGGCAUUAGCGGACCUCUGAUCCCGGUGCCUGCGGAAACAGGUCGUUCGAUCACCGCUGGAGAUGAAGGAACUUCCGAACGUAAAACCGUGUCGCCGAUUCCUGCGUCUAGCGCAGGUGAUUCAACUCAAGUUACGUCACUCAAGAGCAAUCGUUCAACGCCGUCCACCAAAGCGAAUGGCAAUAUCCCGCUGAGAAAUAACAGUAUGUCCUUUACAAGCAUACAGGAUUACCAGAGUGCGAAGAAACGCCUGAAGAAAGCUGUCGUGGAGUACUACCGUGGCCUCGAAGCACUGAAUAAUUACCGUAUACUAAAUCUCACUGGUUUCCGCAAAGCUGUCAAGAAGUAUGAGAAAAUCACACAGGUGCCUGCUCAAGCCGCUUAUAUGAAGGAGAGGGUUGAGCCCUCAGCUUUUGCUUCUGGCGCAAUGGUCAGCUCAAUGCUUAAAGAGAUGGAAGAGCUGUUUGCCGCAAGAUUCGAACGUGGUGACAAGAAGAAAGCGAUCACUCGUCUUCGUGUUGGCAUGUGGCUUGGGCUAUCCAUACCAGCGACGGUUGCUGGUUUCAUGACAUGUCUGCGUGACAGUACCGCUACCUCAUUACCUUCAUGGAAUAUCAUACUUUUUAUCUACUCUAUUUUGUUAAUCCCUACGUUACUUGCUUUGCUCGUCGGAUUGAAUCUCGUCGUAUGGGCCGGAGAAAGGAUCAACUAUGUGUUCAUAUUUGCAUACUGCUUCAUGCUUUCUUUCAUUCAAGUCGGUCCUCCACUCAUCUGGCCGCUUGUGUGGCUUGCCCUUGUGCUUACCAACAUCCUCUGGAGUCAUUCUCGAUGGUGGCUUAUCAAGAGCGUUGCAAGACUAGGCGUUAGCGGUUUGUGGGGCGUCGAAUUCACAGAUUUCUGGCUCGGUUUGGGGAACCUCUACUUUGUUGGGUGUUUCUACACCCAAUAUCCUUAUGUUUCUUCCCAUGCCGAUGUGUCAUCUACCUCCGAGUCGUCGCCGUACAACAACACUAUGACAGUUCUCCCGCGCUCAUUUUCCUCCUCUCAGACGUUUAGUUUGAUGCCAAGAGGCGCAGUCCUUCAUUCUGCAUAUGACCCUACGCUUCAAAACGCGUGGUCGACUUGUGGAGCGGAAACGAAUUGGGGUUCUUACUUCGCACUUGCCAUGUUACCGUUUCUAGUGCGUUUCGUGCAGAGCAUCAGACGUUACAAGGAUUCAAAGUUGCCUACUCAUCUCAUUAACGCCGGCAAGUACGGGAUGGGCAUAGUGUACUACUUUUGUUAUUACCUUUGGAGACGCGACGGAGAAUCUGACGACGGUGCUUCAUUCGUUAUGUGGUGUUUGUCGGCAGUGGUCUAUUCACUAUAUGGGUGUGCAUGGGACUUCGCGAUGGAUUGGUCUAUCUGCAAACCCCGCGCUAAAUACCCCCUCCUCAGGCGAGACUUGGUGUACACCUCACAGAUUCCGCUGUACUAUGUUGCUCUGGUCAUGAAUCUUGUCAUUCGUUUUCUCUGGAUCUUCUACAUACCCAGUUGGUCAUACUUCAAUCUCCGGUCAUUCAUAUGCAGCCUAAUGGAGAUGAUAAGGAGAGUUGUGUGGAAUUUCUACCGUCUCGAGAAUGAGCAUCUUGGUAACAUGGAUCAAUACCGAAUUACACGCGAGUGUCCAUUGCCAUAUUCGGUCGACAAUCCUCAGCAAGAGGACGAGGAGGACGAGGAUGAUAAAGCUUAG